UCAGUACAGCAGGGGGAACCUUUGCUCAGCGACACGGACAUUUUAUUGUGUCGGACCAAGAUGGCCGCACUCAAAAGGGGGGUAGUCUACCUCAGUUUCCUCAGGAAUUCUGCUCGUAUCCUGCUCAGCUGUAGAAAACCUGCAGUGCAUAAACUGGGGAAAUGGACAAAUGUUCUUUACACAAGUAUAGCAUCUUUAACUGUCGGCGCUGGGCUGUGUGCUGUACCUUUCAAACAGGUUGAAAACCUCACUCAUGACUCCCUGAUCAAACGAGCAGCGUCUCUGGUAACAGAUAGUUCAAGCACUUUUCUCUCACAGACCACCUUGGCUCUCAUAGAUGCCAUCACAGAAUACUCUAAAGCUGUGCACACACUCGUUGCUCUCCAAAGAAGAUAUCUGGCCUCACUGGGAAAGCUGAGUCCAGCAGAAGAGGAUUCAAUCUGGCAGGUGAUCAUUGGCCAGCGUGCAGAGGUUAAUGACAGACAAGAUGAAUGCAGGCGUUUUGAGUCAACGUGGGUCAGCGCAGUCAAGAUGUGUGAAACGGCAGCUGAGGCAGCGUACACAUCAGGAGCUGAGCAUGCGUGCAUCACGGUGAGAACAAAUAUUCAGAUGGCCCAGUCGCAGGUAGAGGAGGCACGGAAACUGUCAGUGGACGCAGAUAAGAAGUUGACAGAGACUAAAGUAAUGGAGAUUGAAAGGAUGGUACAACAGAAUAAUAAUGAUGAGGAAGAGGUGCCUGAGGCUUAUCUGAGAGAAGACUGAAAUAAAUACCCAGAGCUAUCAGAAAACAGAAAGUUUGAUACACUUUCAAAGUAAAACGUUUUUUUUUUUUCAUUUUGAGUGUGUAUUGCGCACUGUGAUUUUCAAUGUCUAAUUCUUUAUAGAUUGUGCUCAAAUGUAUCUGCUCAAAUUUCCUCAUGAACUGAAAAAACGAAUCACACAAAAUGAGGAAAAACAUCUCUGCAUUAAGGGUUUGAUUAUCACCUAUGUAUUUGAUCAGCGUUUAUCACCUAUUUCUGCAUUAUUGAGGGGUAAUGUUUUCUCUCCACUCUUUAUUGUGUUGUGAUUUGACCUGCAUCAGAUUUUUUAUCUGAUGCAGAUUUUUUGUCAGAAUUCAUUGUAAUAAAGACAAGACAUGGUAUAAAAACAUAAAACUUUAUUUUUGGUUUUCACUGCAGUAGCAUCAGAAAAUGAAGUGUAGCAUUUCAUUACGUGUUUACUAGAGAUUCUUCUUUUUUUUUUUUUUACUUACAUGACAAGUGGUUUAGUUUAAUUAUUGUGUAGUUAGCAUUUGUUUUUGUUCUUUUUGUAACACUGCAUUGAUCCAAAUGACAGAAAAACAUUUAACCAGUGCUAAAAAUGGAGGGAAAACAACCUCAUAUGGUUACGAAAGGAUGGGAGUGCUUUGAAACAACAUUUGCCAGAUUUGUUCUGACUUAAGUGUUAGUGUGAAUGGAUGUUACACAUGAGAGAUGUCUCUGCCAACUAUGUGAACAGGAUCUCCUGUGGUCAUCUUUGGAAAUACUGUGUUUUCUAAAAUGACAGAAGCCACUUUGUAAACACAGCAAAACCCAGAGACACCACCCAGUAGGAGAAGUAACCUAUUUCUUGCACAUUAAUGUGAAGUUUUGUCGGUGCAAUUGAAUUUCCCACUGAUUCCCACGUUGAAAACAUCUUCUUUAAAGGUAGUUUUGCUUCACUUGUUAUUUGUAUCUCUCUUUUUCACUCAGCAGGUCUACCUUCACUGCAAAUUACCCAUGUCCUGUCUUUCUCCUGUAAAGCUUUUAGACUGUUUCUCAACUUCGCACUGUCAUCACCCCAUCUACAGCGUUGUCUCUUUCCACACUGUCACAGAACAGAAAACAAACUGGCCUACUUCAGGCCAACAUUUAAAAACUGAGCACUUUUAAAGUGAAAAGCAUUAAUAAUGUAAGUUCACUAAAAAAGAUUUAGGCUGUGGGAAGGUAGUAACACUUGUAAAUGAGGUGAUCACAGACUGACUUCAUUUGCAUAAUGACAGAACUUCACAGGCUGCAACUUGUCUGCACUUUGUGCCAAUAUCCUGUAUUAACUGAACUUACAUUAGGCUUACAUUAAGACAGGAUCUCCUAAUUGCCAGCAUGAAAAGGCAUAAUGACUGCAGCAAGCAAAACCCGUGUCAGUGAACCUAUCCUUUAAUUCCAGCAGAUGGCGAUCUAAAUCCACUGUAAUACAUUUCAUGUUUCAC